AUGGCCAUACAGCCCGGAAAACUCACAGCAACCCACUGCAUUAAUUCUACAAUGUAGAAGCGCCCUGAGUAAACAUGUAAGAGAUUCAGCUAUGUAGGGAAAGGCAUUUCAUUAGCAGUCAUCGUCUCAGUUCAUCUGUGAUGUUCACUCAUUAAUUUCUGCCUUCUUUUCCUAAAUGUCAAAUAGAGACAGUUUAAUUGCAUGCCAUGCAGUGCUGACAGCAAGUUUAGCUGUAACCAAACCAAUAGUUUGGUUACAGUAUAGUCUCUCUGUUUCGAUAGAUUGUGUCUUUAUGGGUUCAGUUGAAUGUGAUUUUAAAUGCUCCUCUUCAUCCACAAACAUCAAAUAUUGUUUUUGCCGUUUUUAUGUAAGAAAGGAUACCGUGUGAGCCUCAAUGGAGUUUGAUGAUGGACUGAAUGAGGGAUAACAAGCUGAAGCUUAAUUCAGACAAGAUGUAGGUCCUCCUGGUCAGUCACAAGGCCGACCAGAGUAUAGGGUGGCAACCUGUGCUUGAUGGGGUUACACUCCCCCGAGGACACAGAUCCGUAAUCUGGGAGUCCUGAACACUUGAUGCUCAUGUGUGAAGUUGGCCUCUUGUGUGAGAAGACCUGGUGUGUGAAGCUUUGGUGACAGAAGCCCCAGAUUUAAAGGUGUUGGGCAUCCAUACUUACAUGCUUAAGUAGGAAUGUGUGAUAAUCAAUCAGACCAGUGGCAUGUUGGAGACAAGUGCCUUGUCCCUUUAUAUGAAAAUGAAAAGCUUUGUGAUGCCACAAUAACGUCUUUGGAAACAGACAAAAAUGGGAAGCUUUUUGCCAUUGUUUCUUUUGAGGCCUCUCAAGAAAAGAAAGUACUUGUAACAAAACUACAGAAGAUCAAAACCACCAAAGAUACAAAAAAGUACUUAAUAUUUGAUGAUGAAGAUUUGGAGAAGCCUUACUUUCCUGACAGAAGGCUUCCAUCUCCUGCAGUUGGCUUUCAGUUGUCAAAGGAUGGACAUCAGAUCCCUUAUACAAUUAAUCGAUACCUACGUGAUUAUCAAAGGGAAGGGGCCCAGUUUUUACAUGGUCACUAUGUUCGUAAACGUGGAUGUAUUCUUGGAGAUGACAUGGGACUUGGGAAAACAGUACAGGUUAUUUCAUUUCUGGCUGCAAUGCUGAAUAAAAAGGGGGCGCGUGCUGAUAUUGAAAAUAACAUGCCUGAAUUUUUAAGAACAAUGAAAAAUGAAAUGUCAUCUGUUCCAAAGAAAAUCUUCUUGAUUGUGUCGCCACUCUCUGUGCUUUAUAACUGGAAAGAUGAAUUGGAUACUUGGGGUUAUUUCAAGGUUAUAGUUUUGCAUGGCAAUAAAAAGGACUAUGAACUGAAUCGAAUCAAGAAAGGAAAAUGUGAGAUUGCGCUAACAACAUAUGAAACACUUCGCCUUUUUUUAGAUGAACUUAACAGCUUAGAGUGGUCAGCUGUCAUUGUAGAUGAAGUGCACAGAAUCAAAAAUCCGAAGGCUCAAAUAACUCAGACAAUGAAGGCUCUAACAUGUAAGGUUCGGCUUGGACUUACUGGGACAAUUCUGCAGAAUAAUAUGAAGGAACUUUGGUGUGUCAUGGACUGGGCUGUACCUGGGCUUUUGGGUAAUGAAGCACGCUUUAAGAAGGAAUUUUCUGAUCCAGUAGAGCAUGGCCAGCGGCACACUGCCACAAAAAGAGAACUAGCCACUGGCCGUAAGGCAAUGCAAAAACUAGCUAAACAAAUGUCUGGUUACUUCUUAAGGCGUACAAAGGCUCUUAUUAACGAUCAGCUGCCCAAGAAGGAAGAUAGAAUGGUAUACUGUUCUCUGACUGAGUUCCAGAGAGCUGUUUAUAAGGCCGUAUUGGAAACAGAAGAUGUACGCUUAGUGCUACAAGCACGUAAACCUUGUAGCUGCAACAGUGGCCGCAAAAGGAAGAACUGUUGCUACAAAACAAAUGUCCAUGGUGAAACGAUGCAAGCAUUGUAUUUCAGCUACCUCACGAUUCUUCGUAAGAUCGCUAACCACACUGGCCUGUUACAAAUAGACAACACUAGCAAACAGCAGGAAGCUCACAUCAGAAGAGUUUGUGAAGAAGUGUUUUCCAAAUUUCCUGAUUUUGUGCAACUUAGCAAAGAUGCAGCAUUUGAAACUAUUUCUGAUCCAAAGUACAGUGGGAAAAUGAAGGUCCUUCAGAAGUUUUUAAAUCACUUCAGAAAAAACAAGGAUAAAGUGCUUCUUUUUUCCUUUUCAACCAAGUUGCUUGAUGUUCUGGAACAAUAUUGCAUGGCAUCUGGGCUAGAUUACCGAAGACUUGAUGGAAAUACAAAGGCAGAGGACAGGGUCAAGAUAGUAAAAGAGUUCAACGGCAUGGAAGAAGUUAACAUUUGCCUUGUUUCUACAAUGGCUGGUGGACUAGGACUCAAUUUUGUUGGUGCUAAUAUUGUUAUAUUGUUUGACCCAACUUGGAAUCCAGCUAAUGAUCUACAAGCCAUUGACAGAGCAUACAGGAUUGGCCAAUGCAGAGAUGUGAAAGUUUUUAGACUUAUAUCUUUGGGAACUGUGGAGGAGAUGAUGUACUUGCGGCAGGUUUACAAACAGCAAUUGCAUUGUGUAGUGGUUGGAAGUGAAAAUGCCAAGCGAUAUUUUGAGGCAGUGCAAGGAUCAAAAGAACACCAAGGCGAACUUUUUGGUAUCCAUAAUCUUUUCAGGUUUCAGGACCAUGGAUCUUGUCUUACAAAAGAGAUUCUGGAGAGAGAGGGAAAAGUGGAAGCUGGAGUCAUGACAGCUACUACAUGGUUAGAAGAAGAACCCCAGUCAUGCGGAAACCAAAUGCAUGGUCAUGAAGAUCAAGAGACUGUCAGUUCUAAGGAAUCACUGGAAAAGGAAGGGCUUGAUUGUAGCAGUGACUUCAGUGAUGAGGAAUCUGUGCAAAAUUGUAAGGUGAAAGGAGAAAGAAACAGACUGUCUAAUGCGAAGAACACCAAAACUCUUCAGGGGCAACUUACUUUAAUGCAAUGUGGGUUCCCUAAACUUCUGGAAAAGAGAAGCCAAACAGCUGAGGAGGACAGUUCCAGUGAUGAAAAUGUUGAUGGCCAAUUUAUGAAAAAGAGAUCCAAAUGUAUCUCCUUAAGUAGUAGUUCCCUGAAAAGUGAAGGCUAUUGUAAUAUUUCACAGUACCAGACAACCACUCCGCCACCAUACAGAAUGACAAAACAAGAGGAAUGUAUUGAAAAUGUGUAUUGUGAUCCUCCUGCUCCAUCACACGUUAAAGACGAAAACCCUGUUGAAAAAAAUGAUAAAGAUCGGUAUAUCUCAAAUCAGGUUGGGAUAGUUCAAGAGACUGAAGCCAGUUCAUCUGAAAAUGAAGAUGUUGUUAAAAGCUAUAAAGGCACAAAUGUAAAGCGUGAAUGUUUACAUACUGAAAAAAGCCCCAAACUUACACCUCUCCAAAAACAUUUGAUUUCCGAGCAGCGUAGUAGAGGUGCCUCGACUUUCAGUAAAAUAAAAUCCUUUAAAACCAUUCCAAAGACCAAGACUGUGAAAGAAGCAAGUGACAUUAGUGAUGAGUCUGAUGAUAUCGAGAUGCCAAAAACAAGAGUGCAUAAAUUCAACACCAGUGUGAAAAAAAGCCGAUUCCAUAACAAGAAGCACAACAACCCUUCCAGAAUAACUUUGUAUAGUAGCAAAUUAAGCACAGAGCAAAGUAGUGCUGAAUCUCAAAAUAUAGAAGAGUUUUCAUCAUCUGAAGACAAUUCUGUAUUUGGGAAGGCUGAUGUUAAUAAACAAAAGCUAAAAGGUGAUAAGUGUCAAAUUCAGUUUAAGUCUGGAUUAUCAAAAUAUUCCCAUCAUCCCUCUGUGCUGCUGAGAAAACGAAGUAAUUCAGAUAGGUUACAGACCCCUUUGAGCAAAGAAGCAACUCCUAACCAAAGACGAGGAGAGGGAUCAUUGGACAAACUUCUUGAUGAUGUUGCUGAGGUCUCAUACAUUCAUUCGAACCAGAAUGUUGUUGGCGCAAGCAAAGCUGAAAAUCAGAUGAGUCGGUGGGCAGUGCGAGAUGUAUUUGAACUACAGCAAUUUUCUCAACUCCCUGCAAAUGUAGCAGUGUGGAGAGCCAAGGUCUCUUGGUUCACAGCAGAAGCUGAUGAAAUACAGAGACUGGUUGGCAUUUUGGCAGAAGUUUUAGCCCUCUCCUGUCUACCAUGGAAGAAAUGCAGGAAAAAUUCAGGAGAAGCUCCAUCAAAGAGAAAGGAUACUCAAAAGAGUAAUUUAGGGAGUGAAAUCACCAAACCAACUCUCCUCUGCAUCAGCCAUCCUGUGUGCCAGAAGCAGAAGAGGAUCCACCGAAUAGGCUCAAGGACUUUCUUACUUGGAAGGACACCCAAAAGAAUCCGUAGGAAACAAUUUGAAGAAAUGGCAUCUCAUUUUCAUAAGAAUCCAGUGGAAGACUUUGCAAGAUAUAUUACCAGAGCAACAUCAGAAGAAAGGCAGAAAAUGGUGAAAGCAUUUUAUGGUGAAAAAUACCCAGAACUGAAGGACUUAUUAAAAAUCGAGGUUCCAGUUUGUGCUGCAGAGGGAAGUGAGGAAACUGAUGUACAUAGACCCUUGUCCAGAAAAGGAAAGUCCAUUUCUAAAAAUGAAAAAUCAAAGUCUGAUCCUUCAGCCGAUGUGUGUGUCCAAAAAAGACAUGAUGCAGAAGGAAAGCAAUUUCAAUAUUAUCCCUGCAUACAGGCUGCUGUGUGUCAUAACGGGGAGGAUAAACAAUUGCCCACUGUCAUUAACCAAGAUAGCAUUAGUGGGAGAAACAGUCAGGCAUUCAAAGACUUUAUGGCAUCUGACUCAUUAAGCAGUAAAUCAGGAAUAAUUGAGGGGCUGUCUGCAAAUACUACUAAAGGACAGCCAAACUUGAAGGGGACACAGUCGCCAAGAAAACCCUUUUCGUCUCAGUUAGAGAACAGACAGACUCAAAUAUGCGAGGAAAACUCAUUUACAGACUUACUAGGAGACACCUCUAUUUUGCACGACCUCUUCAAAGGUAAUGAAAGUAGGCCAAGAGAACCACCCAGGAGGUCUCUUUCUCAGCCUGCGGAAAAAGCAAAAACUCGGGCAAAAGACUUCUGGGAUAUGUUGAAUGAACAGAAUGAGGAGGGCCUCCAAAAACUCACAGACUUGGCAGUUGUAGAGAAAUUGUGUGAAACACCUUUGUCUAAGAAGAAAAAAGAAGAACAAAAACCACUUUGGAAGAAAAAUGACAAUUUCUUAUGGAAAAGAUAUAGCACAAGUGACACAGAUGAAGAAACUUAACCCAGGAAUAAGAUGCGAUGUGUAAAUAUCCAUAAAGCAAGAGGGAAAUUAUAUACAGGUUCUAUGAAAUACUAGUUUGGCUUCUGUUAACUAGCCCAGUGCAUUUCAAACAUGCUGAGUUCUUUCCUUUUCCAAGGAUAUUUGCCUUUUAGUGUUCCUUCAAAAUAAAGAGUUUCUUCUUCUGCAUUUUGAAGAUGUUUUGAAGCAGCUGCAAAAGGAAAUAGCCUUGGAAAAGGUGAAGAAAUUUAAAAUUCAUUGGAUGAAUAUCCAGAACAAAACUGUGUCUUUGUAGCACCUUUGGAUAUUUUUCUCUUGUUUUUGUUAUUGCAAGCUGUGUGGCUUCUGGCCUAAAUAUCGGGGUUUUUUUUAAUCAAUGUUAAUCAGAUAAAUGGGCCCCUGAUGGUGCAGUGUGUUAAAGCGCUGAGCUGCUGAACUUGCAGAUUGAAGGGUCACAGGUUAAAAUCCGGGGAGCGGAGUGAUGUCCCGCUGUUAGCCCCAGCUUCUGCCAACCUAGCAGUUCGAAAACAUGCAAAUGUGAGUAGAUAAUAGGUACCGCUUCGGCGGGAAAGUAAUGGCGCUCCAUGCAGUCAUGCCAGCCACAUGACCUUGGAGGCAUCUACGGACAAUGCCGGCUCUUCGGCUUAGAAAUGGAGAUGAGCACCAGCCCCCAGAGUUGGACACGACUGUACUUAAUGUCAGGGAAAACCUUUACCUACCUUAAUCAGAUAAAGAAAAUAAUAUAAACUUUCCCGUGCGAGUUCCCCAUGUCUCCGUAUAGUUUUAACCUUCCUUUAAUCAAAUUGUUAACCGUGAGAGGAAGGGGACCAUGAGAAUCUCUGAGCCCAGAGUGUUUAGCCCCAUUAGGUGAGCAACUAUGUGUUUUAAUUAUGAUCUUUUGGCCUACAGGUUUAUCAGUUACAUUUUCUGAAAUUGUCUGGGCAGCGAUUAUGAGGGAAACAUGGAGUUAGAAUGUAACUGAAACCUGUUUGAACAAGUUAUGCUCAGAAUACUUUCAGACAUCAAAGUCAAGCAAAACAUAACUAUAAACAUUUCAGAAUCAGUGGACUGUAUCUGUUUAGCCUUGUUUUGAGUAGGCCAUUACAAUCAGUGAGACUUAAGCUGUCAGUGAGAGACUUCAGUCCCACUGAUUUCAGUGAAUCUACUGCAAGCACAACUGUCCAGUAAUUCUUUAAGUGUAUAUAGUAACUGUCUUAGGAGGAGGGAAUAUGCUAGUCCUAUCCCUAGUUUCAUUGCCCUCCCACUCAUGAAUAGGGACAGGUCAAAGCAAAACUGUGAUAGAGGAAGCUUUCAACUUCAGACUCUUCCUGCAAGCAGAGAAGACUGCACAAGUGAUGAUGUGUGUUACUAGUGAUUUCCUUCUGCCCUCAUACACUUAAGAAAUGACUGAAUAAGGCUUGUAUUGAAUUUAUUCUAAUUUUGCUCUGCUUACCACGUCUUAUAACCAUUUGUUCAGUGGUAAACUCUGUUUGGCAACUACUAAGCAAAGAACAUGAGCAAGCCUCAGAAAUUUAUCAAGAUGUAAAUGUCUACAGACAUUGUCAAAUUAGCCUGAAGGAAGAUUGAGCAAGAGCAUAUUAUCUCUAUAUUAUCUAAUUUGUGGUAUCUGAAAGAAAAAAAAGGGAGCAAUUCCCUUGGGAUCAUUUAUGCAAAGUUAACAGCGCAGGCCUGUAAGGUAUCCAUUACUUUCUCACAAAUCAUACUUGCUUAAACUAAAAAUCAGUGUUUGAAUUGAGCCAUGAGAGUUCUGCCACAUUUUUAUUGGGUUUAGAAUGUUCUAUUGUAAUAUUUUAAAUAUAGGUAAUAAAGACACUGUUAUACACGAGUAUGUAUAAUACCGUAAUUUUAAAAUCUUUUUAAAAGGCUAAUAUGAAAAAGAUGUCUCAGUUGUCUUCUAAGUUUCAAUAUGUUAAAUCUAGCUGUUCAGUGGUGUUUAAGGCAGAUUGAAAAAAUUACUUGCAAAUACUUUAAAAUUAAGCUACUUUUGUCUUCUGUAAUGAGGACAGCUAUUCAGAAGGUAUAUUGUUUUCAUAUAUAACAUAAGGCAGGAUCAGUCAUUGCAGUAGUGUAGUUCAUCCAGUGGUCCCCAAAAACUAAAAUAUGGUCCGUGGCCUCGUGGUUACUGCACCGUUGCAAUGAGAGCAACUGGUCUCACAAAACCAUCUUAUAGUGUCGAGGCAAUGGGGAUGCCAGGAGGGGAGAGGCUGACUACCCACUAAAGGUGCGACAACAAGCCUCCUUACUGCUGCUUCUCCUCCUCCUGAGUGGAGCCGUUUCAUGUGGUGCCUCGAAGCGAGGGCACCGUGGUGUCUCCAUUUCCUUAGCAGCUUGUUCCUGGGGUUAUUUGGGGAACUGAUUCAGAAAAUUGCAUUGGAUAGACCACAUCAGCUCUAGAUUAUUAAUUAUGGUUUUCUCUGGGUGAGCAGAUGGCAACUACUGGAUGGCAUGUGUUUUGUAGUAGAAACUAGUGCUGAUGUGGUUUCUUCACUGCAAUUUUCUGAAUCAGCACCCCAAAUAACCAAACCAAAUCUAAAGUUGGCCAAAACCUGAUCCAUAACCCUUUUGGUACUAAUGUUAGAGAGUGGUCCUUGGUCAAAGUGGUCCCUGGUCAAAGUAGACCCUAGACACGUGGUCCCUGGUUAAGUGGUCCCUGGUCGAAAAAGGUUGGAAACCACUGAUCUAGAGCAAUGAGAAAUCCCCUUUCUCUCUCCUUCACAGCCUGAAAAUGUAGAGAUUGCCAUCUUCCUGGUUCAGUUGAUCAUGCCUGUUACUGGAAUAGUAAAUAGGUACAAACAUUAUGGAAUCAAGUGGAUAUAGAUUACCAGACAUUGCGCUAUGAUGUUCGUAACUUGUGAAUGAUGUAUGCAUGGAAAUGAAUUAAAACUGCAGGGCAGGCCUUGGUCAAUGCAUUUCCAUAUACUCUGCAACUUCUUACAUUGUUAGUCUUGAUCAGAAGUCACCUUACUGGCCCAUGUAUGAGCUGCUAUUGUUUUUGUUCUCUGUUUUAAAGUGAAGUAGUUGCCUAAAUUGUCAAGGAUUUUUGAAAAGAAAAAUGAUGGAUGACUGUUUUUUUUAGCUUGGAUUAAUUUAUAAGCAAAUGUUCUGAAAAUAAAAAUAUUUUAUAAGCAA